AUGCUCUUCGCUGUCACUCUCACUCUUGCCGCUGCGGCUGCCGUUUCUGCAUCGCCACUUGAGCCUCGGGCCAAGACGGCUGUUCUCCCCUUGAAGCACGUCGUCAAAGCUAGUUCUAUCAAGGCCAUUGCCCAGAAAGGCCAGGCUCGCCUUCGCAACGUCAACGGAGAGGCCAGCUUCCACGUCGAUGCCGCUGGCUCUGGCUCCGUCAUUAACGAGGAUGUCUCCUAUGUCGCCCCUGUCGUGAUUGGAGGCAAGACCUGGAACCUCAUUGUUGAUACUGGAUCUUCAAACACUUGGUGUGGUGCUCAAGCCUCGUGUGAGCCAACAUCCACCGGCAAGUCUACAGGCGGCUCUGUCAGCGUCUCUUACGGCUCUGGGUCAUUCUCUGGUAGAGAGUACACGGACAAGGUCAGCUUCGGCGGCCUCACUGUUGCAGCACAGUCGAUUGGUGCUGCCAGUAGCGCUACUGGCUUCUCAGGUGUAGAUGGCAUCAUCGGCUUUGGUCCCGUUGGUCUCACCUCGAGCACUGUCUCCAACGCCAACACCGUGCCAACUUUUAUGGACAACCUCUACAGCCAAGGCUCUAUCUCAUCCGAGGUGCUCGGUGUUUCUUUCCGACCAGAGUCUGGCAGCGAUGAUGAUGACGCUAAUGGAGAGUUGACCCUUGGAGGUGUCGACAGCUCCAAGUACUCCGGUUCCAUCACCUACUUCCCCGCUCUUAGUAGUGGCACAGCUGCUCGGUACUGGGGUAUCUCUGUCUCUGGCUUUACCUAUGGAUCUACAACCCUUGGCACAUCUGGAAGCGGCAUUGUCGACACUGGCACUACGCUCAUCUACAUCCCUACCGGUGCCUACAACAAGUUCCUGUCUGCCGCAGGUGGUUCGACUGAUAGCUCAUCCGGCCUUGCUGCCUUUACCAAGAAGCCCACCGCCAACUUUGGUAUCAAGUUCGGGUCAACAACUUAUACUCUCACACCUGCGCAGUACUUGAUUCCUACUGCUCAGUACGCCAACUUUGGUUUGAGCUCUGGCAAGUACUACGCCUGGAUCUUUGACGGAGGCUCUUCUGGUGUCAACACUAUCAUCGGACAGAAGUUCCUCGAGAAUUAUUACUCUGUGUACGAUACCACCAACUCCCGUAUUGGUUUCGCUACGGCUGUCUAA